AUGUAUGUCAAAGUCGAGACCGAACGUUUAGCGUUCAUCCGAUUCAAUCAGGCAAAGCUACGAUCUGAGGACUAUAUACACUUGCGUGAUGCUAUUCAUUCAGAUGGUGAUGUUCAAAAUAUUGGACGCCUGACGAUUCUCCCAUCAUCUUAUAUCGGAAGCCCACGCCACAUGCACGAAUACGCUCAAGACACUAUGACGUACGUGCGAAAUUAUGGAACUCCGGAUUUAUUUAUUACGUUCACAUGCAAUCCGAAGUGGACGGAAAUUGAACGUGAGUUGGAACCGGGCCAAAAACCGCAAGAUCGCCAUGACAUAAUCGCCAGAGUAUUUCAGCAAAAACUCAAGGUUAUGAUGGAUGUGCUUAUUAAGUAUCGAGUUUUUGGUGAUACACGUUGUUAUAUGUACUCGGUGGAAUGA